UCCGUCAGUGCCUUGAUUCAAGGAGCCGCAGACGGAUCUCUCGCCAACCGGUGGUUUAUAUUUCUACACGGCAUAAAAAUUGCGCUUCUUUCAAAUGGGCAUAAGAGGAAAUUAGAGAAACAAGCAUCUCUCAUCUCCUUGAUUACUUUGCGUAAUGACGUUGUGUUGGCGUGUCUUAGUGCGCAGUGGGGGCGUGUAGGGGUGUGUUUGUUUCUUUUCGACUUAAGCGCAGCCAACAUCUCUCGAACAAUUCAAGUGCAGAGCAGCUGUAAUCUCUCUCUACGUCAAGGAGAUAAUUAGGAAACUUAGACAGAAAGAGACUGGCCGUCUUUUCGUUAUCGCAGUCUCGGAGGAGGGCGGCUCUUUGCGCAGCCGCAUCGACUCUCCUCACGGUUCGCGUGUCUUGUCUCGUCGGCCAAAUUUAUCUAGUACUGACUCUGUUCCUUCUGCCGUUCAAUACGACGGGUGUUGUGUGUGUGCGCUUAUUCUCGUCGCAACAGUUCCACUUCCGAAAGGCGACCAGCAGCCAAACCCAUCGAAGCGUUUAUUUUUUUUUUGUCUCCAUUGAUUUCUUCAUCUCGGAAAUUUCCCAACCCGGAAGGACAACCGUCACACUCGUCAAGAAAAAACAUCCGUCGGAAAUGUCCGAAAAUCGGUCUGCAGUGAUUGCGUCUUUGCUGUUAUUCGGCUGCGUCAUAUCGUCCGCCCUACCAGCAGCUCCAGGAGGAACAGGUGGUGGAUAUCAAAUGCUCAAACAAUCCCGAGCGUCAUCUAACAGCAUAGCAAACAUAAUGCCAAAUCUGUCGGUUGGGGUCGGCUCCUUGGCUCGGGUUGUUGACGGGCAAAUCCAGGAGAGGCAACUCGAGAUUUCCUGGUGGUCCAUUGAUGGAGGAUAUCAAGAGGGGGAUCAAAUAGUCCUCUACCAGUAUGUUUCCGAGACAUCUUUCUGCCAAUCGAUGGGCUCUGCGGUGAUUGAGCAAACGACGAUUGACGCCGAGAUGGCCAACGCCUCCUGGGUCCGUCUCAACUCCAGCAUGCCUCAUUGGGUAGCCGGAGAUCUGAUUGAUGAGCGCUGUCAAUAUUAUUGGGCGGCUUAUGUCCGCCUGGACGGCCAAAUUGUCGCUUGUAAUUGCCUCCGAGCCCGUCCCAAUUGGAUGGCCGACCUGAAAGACACCGGGAUUAGCGCCGCUAAAUUGAGGGAGCUCUAUUUGCCCGGCACUCACGAUGCGGCCGCCUACGAACGAUAUGCUGGACUAAGCUCAGACCAAAUCGAUACCAAAUAUGCUAUUACCCAGGAUGAAGAUCUCUUUCAUCAGCUUUCGUUCGGUGUCCGUUAUUUGGACAUGAGAAUCAUUUUCUCGCCCAACCUACCCAACGGCACGGAUGUCCGUUUCUACACUCACCACGGAUCCUACAUUUUGCGCCCGCUGGUCAACGACACGGCGCUCGUCCGUGAAUUCAUCAGCCGAACGGAGGAGAUUAUCAUUUUUGACAUCCACGGCGUGGAUAAUUUGGACCAAGAACCGGGAGCCCACCAAGAACUGCAAGAUCUCCUUUAUCAGGAAUUCAGCCAGUGGAUGGCCCCGGCCAACAUGACCUGGGAGGCGACUCUGAACGAUUUUUGGUCAUCGGGUAAACGAUUGAUCGUGACUUACAACGAUCCCAAUCAUGUUGGCGCGCCGUACUUUUGGCCAGCCGUUAAACAUCAGUGGGGCGACGUCAAUACCGUGGAAGACUUGGAGUCUUAUCUGACUGGCGUGAUGGAAGACGCUGCCCAAGGGCAAUUUGAAUUGGCCUGCAGGGGAAUUCCAAUUGCCAAUUGCAGACCAUGGUCUGCAAUGUCGGAACUCACGCCCAACUCGCUCGACGUCAUGACCGAUCGGCUCGACGGUUUACGCAACGCAGCGGACCUCGUCAAUCGUAACGUAACCAACUGGUUCCGUGAUCGCUGGUCAGAGUUGGCCACCAUUGUGUCGUUGGACUUCUUCUUGGGUGGGAACAUCGUCAAUUUGGCUAUCGCCGAGAAUCAGCGUCGCUACCCUUAAUCAAGAAGAGUUCAGAGAUUCAAAUUCCUUAUAGUGUCGACCCGUCGUGCCACUUAUCUUCCAUUUCUAUUAUACACUACCACGACCGCAGCUCGUCGGGAAAGGUGGUGGUGGUUGACUUGCUGGUGUUUGCUUCAGAUUUCCUUGACAUUUUAACAAACAAAAUAAUAAUAAAAAAAGAAAUUGAUACCAAAAAUAUUAUUGACACGGGAAUAAAACAAACAAACAUGUUAACCGUAAUGAUAAGGUUGCGAUGGUUGUUGCACGGAUGACGCGCGUCCGUCAGAUAAACGGCUUUACUGGUUCGCGCUUGACAGGUUGAUCAACAGUAUUGACGUGGUUAUCAAUUGGACGUCAACAUAUCUAUGUGUGCUCUGCAUGUAAUUUUAUUUCAGAGGAAUGCUGGACAAGUCCGCUCUAUCCGCGCGCCGAGAGUCCCAGGGUAUUCCUAACACUAUCGCCGCUGGC